AAACUCAGAAGUGGGUUUGACCAAAACCUUUCAUCACAGGUACAGGGUCCUAACAAGGUGAACAAGUGUAAGCAUCUUCUGACAGGGGGCUGGUUUCAUCAGGUCUGUGGCAGCCUUCUCUUGUCAGAAAACCAGAUAACCACGGUGGGAUCCGGACAGGAGGAGUCUGAACGUAGAAGCCUUCUGAUAGUGUCUGAAGGUCACAACACUCAGAACAGGUUUUAACACACACACAGAGGUCUCCUGAAGAGGAGACCUUACAGCUUAUCAUAAGAUCAUAUAUUAACACUAUAAGGCCUUGGUUUAACCCUCUUUACCUCGACCAGGGCCAAGAUGAAGUUACUUCUGGGAUUUUUUGUUUCCUGUUAGAGGACGGCCCUCUUUGACCACUGAGCUGGAGGACAUUGGUCAAUACCCUGUAAGUCAAGACAGUACCAUAUCUGUGCUGCAGCAGAGGUGUCCUCGAUGACGCUGGUGGACCGGGGCAGAUCCUCCUUGGUGACCUCAAUGGCCUGAUGUCAAUGUCCUGACUCCAUCCACAGAAUGCCUACGACAACGGCAACUGGAGCGUGGUUAUUAUUCAACAUGAAGGUCACCUGAGGAGGAAAGUGCAUUGUCUUUAGCAGGAGCAUCAGUGAACACGUAGAUCUCAGAGGAGGGUGGCGCCACCGUGAGGGCCAGCUGGGAAUUACAACACACACAUCAGAGAGUCAGACCACACUGGGAUCAAGUACUGGAACUCUAUGAUUUGAGGUCAACAACUUCUGCAACAUGGGUGGUGGAAAUCUCUUAAUUGAUGAUGUGACGAGCACUGAGAAGAAGACAAACAGAAUCUUUGUCUUGAUGUUGAUUCUCUGUCUUCACUUUGGACUGGUGAAACAGAACAAGAUUUUCCCACUGGACAUGGCACCUGAUUCCGUUGAUGACAAAUACGAUGGCUGCAGAGACGAAGCCUUUCAGAGGGUGGAUGACUACUACCUCCCACAUGAGAAAAACACCACCACUAACUUCAGAAGAGCCUGGGACAUGGCAGAGAAACAUGCAUCCAUUCCAACAGAUGGUCUGCAGAAAGUGCAUUCCGUCUCUAUGUAUUUGUACACAAAUAACAAACCCCAACCUCCUUUUGAAUCCAUCUACAUAGACUUCAACAAAGCAGUUAGACAAGGCAGGUAUGGUUAUGGAACAUCAUUCCAGUACCAUUCCCUGCACUUCUAUCUGACUGACGCCAUGCAGAUUCUCAAACAAAGUCAAACAACAUGUUGGACCACCUACCGUAGAACCAAUGUAACUUUUGAUCAGGAUGUUGUCAACAAAGAAAUGCGCUUUGGUUAUUUUGUCUCAAGUUCUUUACAUAAGACUUUAUACGAUUUUGGAGACACAUCCUGCUUUGAGAUCAACACAUGUUUUGGUGUUGACUUGACAUAUUACUCUGCCUAUGCAAACGAGGGGGAAGUUUUGAUUCCUCCCUAUGAGGUAUUCAAAGUGACCAACAUCCAGACAAAGUCAGCAGUCAGUAACCUGUGGUGUGAAGUCGUCUACACUCUAAAGAGCACUGGGAAAUGGAAGAGUGACCUGAAUUGUAAAGCAAUAGAUACAGGCUACUGCUACAUGAAGCUACUAACUAUGUUCAUUGUCACAAUAGUGUUCAUAUAUUUACAACACUAAAAUAGUUAUUUUGUCAGACAGUAUAGGCAGCAGCUCUAUAGAGAUGAGAUGAUGACAUGGAAUGACAUACUGAAGUCAUAAAAUAAAACCAAUGUAACAGAAAUAUUUAAUUAAAGUAAUGUGAAUAAAUGUUGGUUAAAACGUAUUAAGUGAUAACAAGUAAUGGUCAGUCACUACCAUCAUGGGACUUUUACUAAGAGUUUUAUCAUGUGUUACAUCAUUUAACCUACAUAACGCAUAGUGUAUUGUUUAAAAAAUAAUACAACUAUUUUUUAUUGUCAAACUGAAACCAAACCAACCUCAAAAAGCACUAAUCGCUCAGCACUACCUCCUAUCGUGGAACCAAAGUGUAUUUUGAGCAGUACAAAAUAUCACUUUCGGUACCUUCACUUUGAGCACUAUAGGCAAGAAAAUAGGCAGAGAUUCAUUUGGAGCGACAUCCUGCUUGAAGAUCUCCACGUGUUUUGGAGCUGACAUAUCACAUUACUCUGUAUUUACAGGAGAGAGAGAAGUCAUAAUUCCUCCCUAUGAGGUAUUCACAGUGACCAACAUCCAGAAGAAGUCACCAGAGAAUAACCUGUGGUGUGAAGUUGUCUACACACUAGUGGCCACUGUAGUUUGGAAGAAUUGAACAGCUCAUACAGGCAACAUAACGCUCUUUAAUUAUGUUCUGUAAAGUACUGAUCAUCCCAUCACCAAUGUACAACGGGAAGUCAUCUGAAACAAAGAUAUCUUUCUCAGCUCUCAGGUGUAAUGAUCCUGUUAAAUGGUUAAUCUCGCAUUACUUCCUCAGAUUAAGAAUACGAUUAUUUUUGUGAAAUAAAAAAUUGAAUGUGAUUUGUAAUUUGAUUAUAUUUUCAGCAUGUGCCCUCCAGCUUUUGAUAAAUAAAUAAAAAAAUUGAGCAUGAUUAAAUCCCAUGUCCUAUGUAUCCACUACCUGUACAUCAAUUAUAAAGAUAUGAAUUUCAUCUCACUUCAAGAAAAUGUGUCUGUUCUUAGGUCAUAAUUAGAAUGAACUACAAAUAUAUUUAGAUUUAAGGAAAGAUUCAAUGAUAUAGACAAAGGUAACCUGAAGCUUCAUUGACUGUGCAGUUGGGCAUCAGAUUGCUAUAGCAUAUUGAUGUGGUUAGCUGAUUUAUGUUCCAUAUCUAUC